AUGCUAAAACGCGCCGGAUCCAACGGCGAUGAACCUUCCCAAAAGCGCCUCAGAACUGAUCAAGGGAAUUCGACAGCACCAUCGGCACUGACGGAUAAUCGUGCAUGGGCAUUUAUGGAACAGUUCCUCACGACCACGAUGACGUACUCAGAGAUGGAGGACGCGUUUUACACGUACCUGGGCGAUCGGUACUCUCCAGAUGACUGGGCGGAAGCCAGAGAUGCGUUAUGGUCCGGUGAGGGGAACGACGAGGUUUCGUUGGAAAACCUUCUCCGCGUGAAGGACAAAUACCUGCCUCGGGUCUCCUCUGUGCCAACAGAAGGUUCUUCCGUGUCCAGAUCUGCAUCGAGGACGGUCGGUCGCUUGUCAAUCUCACGCGUUCGACGAUCACAAAAACAACGCAAAAAAACUCAAAAUAGGUUUCUUCUUCUUGAGGCUUCAGAAGAUGACGAUGAGGAUGAGGAACGGGAGGAGGAUGAAGCAGAAGAUGUCGAUCAUCGUGGUGGAACGUCUGCGCGGUCGCCGCCGACCAUGCGAUUGCCAGGAACGUCGGCAAAAGAGAGAUUGGCUGCAACUAUUGCAGACAUGGUCAUCAGGUUUGAAGAGAAUCCAUCACACUCAUCACAAGGUCGCCAGGGCAUCACCCACAGAGACACCUCGUUUUCUGACGCAAUCGUGUCAGCCUCAGGCCAAAUGCAGCCAGCUGACAAAAGGAUGUAUCUGCUUCAUGUACAAAGAGCUUCCACUGAAUAUAUCGCCGAACAUCUUCGGAGGCAACAACUUCCUGUUACCGUCUCACCUUGGGUAGCAGGCCAGCUUUAUGUGGUGACUGAUUCCUUCAAGACCAUUGUCAACUCAAUUCCUGCAUCACAUACUCUCGCCCUAAAGGAGUGUCUUCGCAUCACGGAGGCAGAACGUGAAGCAGUUGAACGUUCACGCUCCGAACUUCCCAACCAGGCGUGGGUGAGGAUCAGGGACGGGAAGUACAAGGGUGAUAUCGCCCAAGUCUUCAAUCCUAGUCUCCCAAAUGGUCUUGUCGCAGUCUUAAUUGCUUCACGGAACCUCCCCUAUCCCGUGCCUCGAAGAUCCCAAGCGCUGCUCGAGCGAUCUCGCCUUCCGAAUUCCAAGGCGGUGUCUGAUAUACUUCGUGAUGGCGCAGUAGUAGGACUAAUGUACAAAGGAGAAAGUUACUAUAGGGGCCUCCUACUCAAAAACUUCCCCCGCGAUCGUCUAGAACUCGUCGUCUCCCCUCACGUCGAUGAUAUUCAUCUGCAUCUCCAAUCUGGAUGGGACAAGCCAUUCCUGAAGAAAACUGUCGUGGCGUUUUCCGCUCGGUUCCUGCGUGUGGGGGAUUAUGCGAGGGUCAUCCAAGGUUCUCUUCGUGGAGAGCUCGGCAAGAUCGUCUCGAUUGACCAUACUUGCGAUUCUGUUGGUUUGGAAUUGACCUUUCAUGGAGGUUUGGAAGACAUAGAACUUCCACUCCAGGACUUAGAGCGCGUCUUCCGGGUCGGCGACUCUGUUAGAGUUGUAGCUGGUUCGUUCUUGGGUUUAGAAGGAUACAUCAUCCAAAUGGAUGAGGACAUUUUUCGCAUUUGUCAAGCGGUCUCCAAGGAAGAGGUGGAAAUUUCAAAGUACUACUUAGAUCGGCGUCCGUUGAGUCAUGCACUCCCAUCACAGCUACCAACGCAGCAAUAUUUCGAGCCUUCCCCCGACUCCGAAUCUAUUGAAAUCGGGGAUAACAUACGAGUUGGGGACGGACCACAUGCGGGAAAGUUUGGCAUCGUGACCUGGAUUACUAGUGGAUCAACUUAUCUGUGGUUCCGCGAUGUCUGCACUCAGGACAACACGGAGUCCAGUGGUGAACUAUCGAGUAUCUCAGUUCCCACAGCAUUUGUUCAGCGGACGAACCUCACCCACACACUUCAAUACACGAAGGAAAGGGGUUAUGACGUCAGGCCAGGAGACGUCGUGAGUGUUGUCCGUGGGCCAGAAUAUGAAGCAAAAGGGUUCGUGCAUAGCGUCGACUUUCCAAACGCUCGCUUGACCCUGGUAUCUGACGGUGACCGCUCGCUCGUCGAUGUUCCAAUGAGAUUCGUGGCAAAAAUUCGCAAUGCCAGCUUGGAUGCGUUUCGCAACGAUAUUGGCCAAGAAAAUUGCACCGUUACUGUGCAUGGGCAGCGGCGCACCACGGUUAAACUCCCAGACGUCGUCACUAAGUAUGGAAUGAGGCUAAACGGGGCGAUGCUCGAAGGCGCCGAGUUCAUCUCGUUCUGUGACAUGCGGAAACGAUCGUUCCAAGCACUACCACCUCGAAGCAUCACCCCGCCUGUCGAAGAUGUUCCCGCUUCCACCAUAAAUCCCACCCCGCUGAUCGAAGAUGUUCCCGCUUCCACCGUAAAUCACACCCCGCCUGUCGAAGAUGUUCCCGCUUCCACCAUACAUCCCACCCCGCCUGUCGAAGAUGUUCCGCUUCCACCAUAA